AUGACAAUGAAAAGUGACGUGCUGGAAUUGGAAAACAAAAUAAUAAACCAUGAGGCAUAUGGGAAUGCGUAUAAAUGGUCUCCUAGAGACUUUGAGCUCGGGUCAGCUCUUGGUCAAGGCAAAUUUGGACACGUUCACGUCGCCAGAGAGAAGAAAACUGGUUAUUUAGUGGCCAUCAAAACAUUGUUCAAAUCUCAGAUAGAAAGAUCCAAAUGUGAACGGCAAGUGAUGCGAGAGAUAGAGAUUCAGUCACAUCUGAAGCAUCCAAAUAUAUUACGUCUGUUGACCUGGUUCCAUGAUAUGCGUCGUAUAUAUCUAGUUGUAGAGUUUGCAGCAGGAGGAGAGCUCUACAAACAUCUUACUAACUCACCCAAGGGUCGUUUCCCUGAAGCCAAAGCUGCUAAAUACAUUUAUCAGGUUGCAGAUGCAGUGGAAUACUGUCACCAGCACCAUGUGAUACACAGAGACAUCAAGCCUGAGAACAUACUUGUGGACUUCAGUGGGGACUUGAAGUUGGCAGACUUCGGCUGGUCUGUGCAUGCACCUUCUGAGAGGCGUAAAACAAUGUGCGGUACAUUAGACUAUCUACCUCCGGAGAUGAUAAAGCGGGAAGUGUAUGAUGUGUCCGUUGACCACUGGUGCAUUGGAGUGCUGUUGUACGAGUUCCUUGUGGGCAAGCCUCCGUUUGAGAGUGAAGGACAAGACAAGACAUACGCCAGGAUCCUUGCGUUAGAUAUGGUGUAUCCUAGCUACGUACCUGAAGGAGCCAAAGAUCUUAUAUCCAAGCUUUUACGACAUUCAAGCAAAGAGCGGCUAUCACUAGAUGCAGUGAAGAAGCACUAUUGGGUACAGCAGUUCCAGAGUAAUGGUGCAUAA